CGGAAAGGAUACGCGGAGGGGAGACCGGCAUAUAGCGUCGCGACGCACCGCGUCCGGACUUAGUCUCUAGUCCAGCGUCACCGUUCAAAAGUCGGAAGUCCUGCAGUGAUCGAGUAAACGGCGAUCGACGAAAGGGAAAAGGGGAAAACCAUGCCGGCUCGCAACAAGGAACAAGAAACAGAGGUGUUGGCCUGGAUCGAGGCUGUUUUGGGCGAGAAGCUCCCGCCUGGAAACUACGAGGACAUACUGAAAGAUGGCGUCGUUUUGUGUAAGCUCAUCAACAAAUUGGCGCCAGGGUCGGUAAAAAAGAUCCAGGCGAAAGGAACCAAUUUCCAGCUCAUGGAAAAUGUUCAGAGAUUUCAAGCCGCCAUUAAGGAAUAUGGUGUCCCACAAGAAGAGAUCUUCCAGACGGCCGAUCUCUUCGAAAGACGCAACAUCCCACAAGUUACGCUUUGCCUGUACGCGCUUGGUAGGAUCACGCAGAAACACCCCGAGUACCAAGGACCAAGGCUAGGGCCGAAAAUGGCCGACGAAAACAAAAGAACGUUCACGGAGGAACAGCUACGGGCCAGCGAGGGACAGGUAAAUUUACAAAUGGGAUACAACAAAGGUGCCAGCCAAUCUGGUCACGGAGGAUUCGGCAACACUCGACAUAUGUAAACGUGAUCUUUCCGAUCGAUAUAUAGGUGUAGAGUGCUACAAAUGAAAAAUACCACCGAUUUGAGAUGUUCUCGUACGAGUCCGCGAUUAUCUCGACGGACAUUUUAGAAAUACGUAAUCUCGGAAACGUUGAGGAAAAUAAACACACCCAAUUUUGUUAAUCAAAGUACGUUGCGGGAAUUGUAUUAUGUUAUAGUAUUCUUUGUGUACGUAAAUACGAUGUAUCAUAAAAAUAAGCGAUAUUAAUUGAUCAAUGCAAUCUCACGACGUACCUUUACACAUUACACAUUAUACAAUACUUGCUGAACAGUGUAUACACACAUGUACACGCACAUACGCACACAUUUACACAAAUACACAUACACAGCCACUUAAACCCUUUUUUGAUUAAAAAUAUAAACGGUAAUAUCAACGUAAAAUUAAAAAAAAAAGGAUCAAACAAGACUUUGAGUCUUUCAUCUAUUUUGUCAAUUCGAAUCGAUAAUAUAUAUUUAUAUAUUUAAUAUAUACAACCAAUUGUCCAGUCGUAAUUUGCUAAUAAUAUAUGUAAACGAAACAAAUAAAGAAGCAGUGUUGCUAUUUUUUAUUA